UCUGUCAAUCUAUUUUAAAACCCGAUGUUCCAAACUAAGCAACCUGCUCUUCUUUCUUCUGCAACUCAAUCUUCCCCGAAAGUAACACAAACAUCAAACCUUUGAGACUUCACGCCACUUCAGUUUCCUCGCACUAAACCGGUCAGCAACUGCGGCUCAACACUUCCCUUGCUUCUGAACCUCUCUCUCUCGCGCACACUUUGAAAACCAUUAAACAAGUACACCCAAAGUAGAAACCCAUCACUAGGAUUUGACAUUCUUGAAUAUAAACAGCUUUAAGCAACAUCUAUUAAUGAUUCAUUUAUUAUAAUCCUUCUUCAAGUCCAAAAGAGAACAGGAAAACGAGGAUGUGAACCACUCUGUUUCUAUUCUUGCUUUACAUUUCCUUCCUGCCAGCAUGAUCACUCCCAACGCACAUCCGGUGGCUUCUCCUUCCUCCUCCUCCUCACUUUGAAGCUCCUCUCUUGUUCAUAUUAUCUUAUCCUGGAAAACAUCUGUGUAUGAAUUUUGCAAAAGGAAAAAAAGCAACCAGCAGAAGCGGAGGAGGAAAGGUUCGAAGACGACAUAAAUGUCAGAGCAGGAAACCCACUCACGGGGCUUCAUGAUCGUCUGUUUCUUAGUCCUUUUUUCUGCAGGUAAAAUCGCUGCCCAAGAUAUUCUGGACACAGAGAGACAAAUUCUGCUGGAGCUGAGAACUCAUCUGGAUAAUCAAACUCGAACAGAUCGAGGAAGAUACAGACUCUGGAACGCGAACAGCACAAGUCUAUGUGAAUGGCCAGGAAUUUCAUGCAGCCAUACGGGGACAACCUCGGCGGCGAGAGUGGUCGGCAUAGACCUUUCCGACAGCAGCAUCGCUGGCGAGAUUUUCCAGAAUUUCUCGCAGCUUACCGAGCUCACGCACCUUGACCUUUCCACGAACACCAUCACCGGAGAAAUCCCAGCGGAUCUAAGGCGAUGCAGUAACCUCGUACAUCUCAAUCUCUCCCAUAAUCUUCUCGAGGGGGAGAUAGAUUUAACUGGAUUGACGAGGUUAGAGACGCUGGACUUGUCGGGAAACAGGCUUCAUGGGGAUAUAGGAUUGAAUUUUCCUGCCAUUUGUGAUAACUUAGUUACUUUGAAUGUUUCUGGGAAUAACUUCACUGGUUCGAUCGAUCAUUGUUUCGAUCAGUGCUUAAAAUUGCAGUACUUGGAUUUGAGCACCAACAAUCUCAGUGGGAGUAUUUGGAUGGGAUUUGCGAGGCUGAAGGAGUUUUCAGUUUCAGAGAACUAUCUCACUGGUCCCCUGUAUGAACAAGCAUUCCCAGAAAACUGUAACCUCGAAGUACUCGAUGUUUCAUACAAUGGGUUUACAGGAAAUGCACCGAAGAAUGUCAGUAAAUGUAAGAAUCUAGCGAUUCUCAAUCUUUCAAGUAACAAAUUUUCUGGGGAUAUCCCCGUUGAAUUGGGAUCCAUCUCAGGCCUCCAAGCAUUGUACUUAGCCAACAAUACAUUUUCAAGAAGCAUCCCAGAGACACUUUUAAACUUGACAACUCUAAAUUUCUUGGAUUUGAGCGGAAACGGUUUUGGGGGGGAGAUACAAGACACACUAGGGAAGCUCAAGCAAGUGAAGUUCCUCCUCUCGUAUUCAAAUGCUUACACAGGAGGAUUAAAUUCAUCGGGGAUUCUCAAAUUACCCAACAUCUCUCGCUUAGACCUUAGUAACAACAGUUUUUCAGGUCCAUUACCUAUUGAAAUCUCUAGGAUGACUUCUCUGAAGUUCUUAAUGUUGGCCUAUAAUCAAUUCACCGGUACUAUUCCUGCUGAGUUUGGAAAUUUGGCUCAGCUUCAAGCACUUGAUAUCUCUUUCAACAAUUUAACAGGGCCAAUCCCACCAAGCCUGGGAAACUUGAGUUCUCUCUUAUGGUUAAUGCUUGCGAACAAUUCAUUGACCGGAGAAAUCCCAAAAGAGCUCGGAAAAUGCACAAGCCUGCUGUGGCUAAACCUUGAAAACAAUAAUCUCACUGGGAAUUUCCCUCCUGAAUUGACCAACAUUGGAAGAAACGCCACGGCCACGUUCGAAUUGAAUCGAAAUGAAGUCAAUGGAAUCCCUGCCGGUUCUGUUGAAUGUUUGGCAAUGAAGAGAUGGAUACCUGCCGAUUACCCUCCUUUUAGCUUUGUGUACAGCAUCCUCACAAGGAAAAAUUGCAUAAGCAUUUGGGAUAGAUUACUCAAAGGGUAUGGAAUUUUCCCGAUUUGCUCAUCAGGUUCCUUUUUUCGUUUAAAGGAGAUUUCUGGGUAUGUGCAGUUAAGCGGGAAUAAUCUCAUCGGAGAAGUUCCUUCAGAAAUUGGGAACAUGCAAAAUUUCAGCAUGCUGCACUUGGGGUUGAACAAAUUUUCCGGGAAAAUCCCUGCGGUGAUAGGAGAUCUGCCACUUGUGGUGUUGAACAUAACAAGAAACAACUUUUCAGGUGAGAUUCCAUGGGACAUUGGAAACCUUAAAUGUCUUCGGAAUCUGGAUUUGUCCUACAACAAUUUCUCUGGGACAUUCCCGACAAGCUUGAACAACUUGACAGAGCUCAGUAAAUUCAACAUUUCUUACAACGCCUUUAUUUCUGGGACAAUCCCACCAACAGGACAAUUAGCCACAUUCGAUAAAGAUUCGUAUUUGGGAGACCCACUCUUGACCCUACCAAGCUUCAUCGAUAGCGUUCCAGACGACACAGAAAACACGACCUCUCGCAGAGACCACGAAAUCAGAAACAGAAACCCCAAGAAACUGUCAAUGUUCUUGGCGUUUCUAGCUGUCACACUCGCUCUAUUGGUAUUCGGGCUCCUCUCUUUCAUAUUAUGUUCAUUAGCGAAAACCCGUUCACACGACCCAGAAGGAUACCUAUUGGAAGACACAAAAAACCAACAUAACUCCGACAAUUCGUCACGAUGGUCGUCUGAACUAAUUAAGGUUAUCCAUUUGAACAAGAUAGCAUUCACGCACGACGACAUUCUCAAAGCCACCGGAAACUUCUCUGACAACAGAGUCAUAGGAAAAGGCGGUUUUGGCACCGUGUACAGAGGAGUAUUCCCCGACGGAAUAGAAGUCGCAGUGAAGAAGCUUCAAAGGGAAGGGCUGGAAGGAGAAAGAGAGUUCAGAGCAGAAAUGGAGGUUCUAAGCGGAUACGGCUUCGGGUGGCCACACCCGAAUUUAGUCACGCUAUACGGGUGGUGCCUAAACGGGUCGGAGAAAAUCCUAGUUUACGAAUACAUGGAAGGAGGAAGCUUGGAAGAUGUUGUUACAGACCGAACAAGACUCACGUGGAAGAGAAGGCUAGAGAUCGCCAUUGACGUGGCUCGAGCAUUGGUCUAUUUGCACCAUGAAUGCUUCCCUCCAAUUGUUCACAGAGACGUCAAGGCUAGCAACGUGCUCUUGGAUAAACACGGGAAGGCUAAAGUCACAGACUUCGGGCUAGCAAGAGUGGUAGAAAAUGGAGUGAGUCACGUGACCACCAUGGUCGCCGGGACGGUGGGCUACGUGGCACCUGAGUAUGGUCAGACAUGGAAGGCGACAACGAAAGGUGAUGUGUACAGCUUUGGAGUGGUGGCUAUGGAGUUAGCCACCGGGAGGAAGGCUGUUGAUGGCGGGGAGGAGUGCCUGUUGGAGUGGGCUCGACGAGUCACGGGCUAUGGAUAUGGGCAUGGUCCUGGGCUAAGUCGGCCCAUCAUACCGGUCUUGUUGAUGGGCUCCGGGCUCGGAGAGGGCGCGGAGGAGAUGGGUGAGUUGUUGCGGAUAGGGAUAAAGUGCACGGCGGAGGCACCGCAGGCCAGGCCCAAUAUGAAGGAGGUUUUGUCUAUGCUGGUUAACACAUUGAACCCAAAAGGGGGAUGAAAAAAUAAUAUGAUAAAAAAAAUGUGUAUAUUGUGGGGCAUAGUUUAGUGUGAAAUACUUUUGUUGUUAUUGCACAGGUGAUUUUUCUUUCGUAUACAGAAAAGUGAACUUUUUGUAUCAUUCCUAACGUUGAAGAAGCUGCUCAAUUUUGAUGCUUUUAC